GCGCGACAAGGGCGCUGCUCCUGGUCCGGUCUGGUGGUGUCCGAGCUGCCUUGGCCGGAGAGGAGUGGCCCGGAACUGCUUGAUUAUCUACAUUUACAUUUCUGUGCCUGAUAGAAUUUCGAUUCAUCAUGGAUAAUAUGUCAUCAGAAGAGAUUCAACUGAGGGCUCACCAGGUUACUGAUGAGUCUCUGGAAAGUACAAGAAGAAUCCUGGGUUUAGCCAUUGAGUCUCAGGAUGCAGGAAUCAAGACCAUCACUAUGCUGGAUGAGCAAGGGGAACAACUAAACCGAAUAGAAGAAGGCAUGGACCAAAUAAAUAAAGACAUGAGAGAAGCAGAGAAGACUUUAACAGAGCUCAACAAGUGCUGUGGCCUUUGUGUCUGCCCAUGUAAUAGAUUCUCAGAUGUUGGUUGUUUCUAUGAAACCAGGACGAAGAAUUUUGAGUCUGGAAAGGCGUAUAAGGCAACAUGGGGAGAUGGCGGAGACAAUUCACCUAGCAAUGUAGUAUCUAAGCAACCGGGCCGAGUAACAAAUGGUCAACCUCAGCAACCAACUACAGGAGCAGCCAGUGGUGGAUACAUUAAACGUAUAACUAAUGAUGCCAGAGAGGAUGAGAUGGAAGAGAACCUGACUCAAGUGGGCAGUAUCCUAGGAAAUCUAAAGAACAUGGCCCUGGACAUGGGCAAUGAAAUUGAAGCUCAGAAUCGACAAAUAGACCGAAUCACAGAAAAGGCUGACACCAACAAAGAUCGUAUUGACAAUGCCAAUGUCAGAGCAAAGAAACUCAUUGACAGCUAAAGCUACUGCUGUACUUCUCUAUCAUUUAUUUACUUCAGUUCCUCCUCCUAAAUCAUUACCUUUUCAGAGUUUGAUAUUUUGGUUCCAUACUCUUCUAAUCUGGAGAUAAUGUGGAAAAAGGGCCAGAGACAGCUUGCCUGAUUUUUUGAUUUUUUUUUUUAAAUUCCUGUUUGAGGGUAGACUGUUGCUCAUCCUUCCUUCUAGUAUUUUAUUUCUCAGUUCAUAUUCUUAGAUUGGUUUUCAUACAUCACACAUAUUGUUUUCUUCCUUCUCAUUUACUUGAGCAAUUUCUUUUGUUUUCAAGAUUCUGAAGCAUUGCCAAAGACAGCCAUGAAGAAGGGAGCUAUAGAGGUGUUUUUUUGGUUUGGUUUUGGUUUUGUGGUGGGUGACGAAUGAGAGAUGAGAGGUCAUCAUUUCAAUAAAAGCCACAAACAAGUUGGAUAACCACAGUAAAGAUCUAGUUGGAUUUAGUUUUUAAGUUGCAAUUUUUGCCAAUUAAGGCUAAUGCUUAAUUUUGGAGCUUUUAUAUACAAUAUUUUUGUCAUACAUCACUAUUUUUGCAACCUCUGCUCCAAAGAGUAUAAUUAGUUUUCGUUAAAGUGAGCUCAGUUUCUGAACUCUUAGUGAUUCAUUUAUAUACAGAGAUUUUGUUAUUUCAUAUUGCACAUUCAGGAAAACUUUGUAUAAAUGAGUGGCUUUUUAUUUUCAUAUUAUUAAUAAUAUCAUGGUCCCAUUACAGGCCUAUUAAUCUCAUAAAUUUGUCAUUAGUCUUUGAAGAAAAGAAUAUGUAAAUACAUAUGUGUAAUAUGAGAAUUUCUCUCAAAAGCAGGGCUUAAAAUUUUUGAGGAAGUUUGAUAAAAUAUAUCAUGUGAAUUCAGAUUUACCUCAAUGCUAAGAAUUAUGUUUAGAUAGGAAAAAGGAAUUUUAUUUUGAUCUCAGGUAGAAAAAUAGUUAUGUAGUUAUGUAGCUUUAUACAGUUAUUAAAAGUUAGAAUUUAUUCUGCCCUACUAAAAGUGGUUUGGAAAAUUACAUUUGGUUUAAUUAUUGAUGAUUACACUGUCAUUCUUUUAGCUUUGUGUAUUGAACUAUGCCCAGAAUCAAGUUGAUGUAAAUCCUGAACAGUUUUGUGAGAAUCUAAUUGGAUUUGUCACCUUUAUUUAAAAACUAGCCUCUGCACACUUUGAACCUAGGGAUAUGGAUUGGUUUGACCAAUAGCCACUGCUUGAUUCUCGUAAUUAAACUUUGUAACUAAUUAAUGGUAUUGUUCUUUAAGAUAGGUAACAUGUUUCUGUGACUGUUAUUUUGUGGACAGUAAUUUCACCAGCUGCUGUUUAACAAAUUAAAUAAAGCAAAGGUCCAUAAGUCAAGAAGCACACCAAUGGAAAGCUGCUGUUAGCUCUUUUCCAAUUUCUUUUAUUUUUUAUUUUUUAGUUGUAGUUGGACACAAUGCCUUUAUUUAUUUUUUUAUGUGAUGCUGAGGAUCAAACCCAGGGCCCCACACAUACAAGGCGAGCGCUAGAUCUACCACUGUACUAUAACCCCAGCCCCUCUUUUCCAAUUUCUAUUAGAAAUAUUAACAGAACUUUCCUUUCUGUGAUGCAUUUAAUAUAAUCAUUAUUAGUCUCAUUCAUUUGCACUCACUUUUAUCAGUGACUAAACAGAUGUUUCUGGGAAAGAACAACCCAAUACUGGAAAAGAUACAACUAACAGGAAUUUUCAAAGGGUGAAGAGGGAGAUAUUUAAAUAAAGCAAGAUUCAGUUAGGUCCUCCCUCAUAAAAGUGCUCCAUGUCAGAAAGAGUAGUUUGCCAGGUGAAAGUGAAUGUGUAAAGUAAGGUGUAAAACAGUGGAGAUUGUACUAUACUAAAGUCCCUUCUUAAAAGCACUAAUUUUUUUUUAAAAAAACACUGUUUUGGCUGAAGGAAAUAAUUUGGAGGAUACCACUGUACUGCUCCCACAGUAUAAUUGGUUUGAAGUGCAUGUUAAGGCACCAAUUGUCUGGAUUUAUACUUUAGCUCUUGCUGGCUGUGGUGACUCUAGCCUGUCCCUGUGCCUUAGUUUCUUUUCUGAAUAUGAGGAUUAAUGAUUCCUACCUCAUAAAAUUGCAAAGCAUAGAGUUUAAUGCCUUUAAAGCCCUUAUAAUAGUGCUUAGUAAAUGUAGGAAUUUAAUGAAUGAUAGCUGCUAUUUUAUCUAGAAUAGAGCUCUUUUUUGGUCAAGGAUCCAUUUGUGAAUUUGAUGACAACACAGCCCCUUUCCCCAGAGAACUAAACACAUGAAUGUGAAUCAUGCAUAUCUUGAAAACCUACUCAUAGAUCCCAGGUUACAAACUUUUCUACAGCUUCUGCUACUGAGAAAGGUGAGAAGUAAGAGUCCUAGAAAUUAGGCCCAUAAUGAACUAGAAAUGGAA